CCAUUCCUUAUUUAUAAGCUGUUGAGAGCUAAGGGGCAGUAAGAGUGAGCCAUCUCUGCUGCACCGGUGCUGUGUUGCAUUUACACCUACAAAUGCCUUCUGUGAUAUAUGGUGGCUGCAUGCAGGCACUUACAUUCCUUUGGCUGCUUGUGUUAGCAGAAGCAGCUACCAGAACCUAUUAUGUUGGGAUUGUGGAGGAGAACUGGGACUAUGCACCAACUGGAAAGAAUUUGAUUACAGGACAAAGCCUCACAGAAGAUGAACAUGCAAGUGAGUUUGUGAAGAGAGGAGCCAACAGGAUAGGACGUAUUUACAAGAAAGCUGUUUACAAACAGUUCACAGAUGCCACCUACACGCAGGAGGUCCCCAAGCCAUCCUGGCUGGGGUUCCUGGGGCCAGUCAUGAAGGCUCAAGAGGAGGAUAUCUUUCUUGUUCACUUAAAGAACUUUGCUUCCCGUCCAUAUUCUCUGCAUCCACAUGGCCUCUUCUAUGACAAAGAUUCUGAAGGAGCCCUCUACCCAGAUGGAACAAGUGGCAAAAGCAAAGAAGAUGAUUUUGUUGUUCCUAAUGGAAAUUAUACAUAUACAUGGCCAGUGAAGAAAGAAUACGCCCCCACUAUGGCAGAUCCAACCUGCCUGACUUGGAUUUACCAUUCGCACAUUGAUACACCUCGAGAUAUCAGUUCUGGGUUAAUCGGACCGUUGCUGGUUUGUAAAAAAGGAAGUUUAGAUGAGUCCUUGAUACAAAGCACCGAUGCUGCUAAAGGCUUUGCCCUCAUGUACAGCACUGUAGAUGAAAAUCUCAGCUGGUACAUUGACGCAAAUAUAAAAGCUUUCUGUUCAGACCCAGCCACGGUUGACAAAGAGGAUGAAGGUUUCAAGAACAGCAAUAAGAUGCAUGCUAUUAAUGGUUACAUUUUUGGAAAUCUCCCCACUUUGGAGAUGUGUGCCGGUGAAUUCAUAUCUUGGUAUUUGAUUGGAAUGGGUAACGAGAUAGACAUCCACUCUGCAUAUUUCUAUGGUCAUACCAUCACUAACAAAGGCCAUAGGGCAGACACCGUCAACCUAUUUCCAGCGACCUUCAUUACAGUGGAAAUGAUUGCAGGGAAUAUUGGGAAGUGGCUGUUAACCUGUCAAGUUAGUGAACAUUUACAAGCUGGCAUGAAGGGACUGUAUCAUGUUCAGACCUGCCAUAAAAAUGUUUCUCAGCCUUUGUUGGCUGGUCAGGAAAGACGGUAUUUUAUUGCUGCUGAAGCUGUGCUAUGGGAUUACGGCCCUGAAGGCUAUGAUCAGUUCACGGGUCAGGCCCUGAAUACCACUGGCAGUGAGUCUGAACCAUUCUUUACACGAGGGAUUGAUAGAAUAGGAGGACGAUAUUGGAAAGUACAGUAUGUGGAAUAUACAGAUGAGAAGUUUACCAGAAAGAAGAAUCAAACUGAGAGUACAAUGCACCUUGGAAUACUUGGUCCAGUUAUCAAGGCUGAAGUGGGAGAUACUUUGUUAGUUACUUUUGCCAACAAAGCUGAGAAGAACUAUAGCAUUAUGCCACAUGGUGUGAUCUAUAGCAAGCAAUCUGAAGGAACACCAUACUUAGAUGGACAUUGGAAGCUGGGAGCAUAUGUUAAACCCUCUGAGACCUUCACAUACAAAUGGAGAGUGCCUGAAAAUGUAGGACCAACUGCUAGCGAUCCACAAUGCCUGACCUACCUGUACUAUUCAGCUGCUGAUCCAGUCAUGGACACCAAUUCUGGCCUUGUAGGACCUUUAAUCAUUUGUAGAAAGAACACUUUGAAUCAUGAUGGAACACAGAAAGGAAUAGACAAGGAAUUUUAUCUGCUCUUCACAGUCUUUGAUGAGAAUCUAAGCUGGUACCUUGACAAAAAUAUUGAUGUGUUUAUUGGGGACCCCUCAAAAGUAAACAAAGAAGAUGAGGAUUUCCAGGAAUCCAACAAAAUGCAUGCUGUAAAUGGCUACUUGUUUGGUAAUCUGCCAGGAUUGGUGAUGUGCAAGGAUGACAAAGUCUCUUGGCAUAUGAUUGGCCUAGGCACUUUCACGGACAUGCAUGGAGUUCAUUUCCAAGGAAACACCAUCCAUUUGAGCGGGAUGACAAGGGAUACUCUGGCUUUGUUUCCGCACUCAUCAGGGACAGCGCUCAUGCAGCCAGACCGUGUGGGCGUUUUUCAAGUGGUUUGCAGAACGUUUGAUCACUUUGUGGCAGGAAUGAAACAGCUGUAUGAAGUGAACAGCUGUAGCAGUGCAGCUCGCCCUGGGCAGCCCUAUGGAACCAUGAGAACAUAUUACAUUGCUGCAGAAGAAGUGGAAUGGGAUUAUGCACCUAAUAAGACCUGGGCUCUGAGUGGCAAAGAUGCAAGUUAUGGGGAAAUUUUUGUAAGCUCAGGUGAAGAUCGGAUAGGAUCAAAGUACGAGAAGGUGGUUUACAGAGAAUACACAAGUGGAGAAUUUACAGAGCACAAAGUGAGAUCAGCACAGGAGGAACACUUGGCAAUCUUAGGGCCCUUAAUCCAUGCAGAAGUUGGUGACUCCAUACUGGUUAUAUUUAAGAAUAAAGGUAUCAGGCCCUAUUCAAUAACUGCGCAUGGCAUAGAAGAAGUGGGCAGUGAAGAAAGACCUGGAACACUAAUCACUAUGCCAGGGGAAAUAAAUACAUACAGAUGGAAUGUCCCAGAAAGGUCAGGUCCAGGCACCUCUGAUCCAAACUGCAUCAGUUGGGUUUAUUAUUCAACAGUGAAUUUUGUCAAGGACACACACAGUGGUUUGAUUGGGCCGCUGGUAGUUUGCAGAAAAGGAAUACUAAAUGAAAAAGGUUUAAGGAAAGAUAUUGAUAGUGAAUUUGCUCUUCUGUUCCUGGUCUUUGAUGAAAACGAGUCCUGGUACUUGAAUGAAAAUAUUGAAAAGUAUCUUCAUAAGUUUCCUAAUUACUUUAAUUACACCGCGGACUUUCUGGAGAGUAACAUCAUGCACGCAAUUAAUGGGAAGGUCUAUGACAAUCUCCAGGGACUAACAAUGAAAGAAGGUGCAAACACAAACUGGUACUUGAUAGGAAUGGGAAAUGAAAUUGACAUCCACACAGUCCAUUUUCAUGGGGAGACAUUCAUCUUCAAGACAGAUAAGGAUCACAGAGCAGAUGUGUAUGACCUUUUCCCUGGGACAUUUCAAACAAUUGAACUCAGAGCAGAUAACCCUGGAACCUGGCUUCUGCACUGUCAUGUAGCUGACCACAUUCAUGGUGGCAUGGAGACAACUUUUACCAUCAGCAAAUCAGACAACACAGUUCCUUUAAAAGGAGGAGUAACCGCUACAGCAUAUGACACAAUUACUGUAAAACACAAGGCUCCUGUAAAGGAUGGUGAUCAAAAAGGAAUCAACUUCUUAGGCAAAACUCUGGGUGCAAGAGAAGCAAACUCAGUGCUCAUAGCACUUUUUUCCAUUGGCCUUGUUCUUCUGAUCACAAUAUUAAUCUUCAUCAUCCUCAUCACUUUCCAGAGAAAAAGGGUAUAUUACAGGACUGUGCAACCUAAGUGUGCACUCCCAACCGAUUCCCUAUAAAUCUGUAUUUUGAGGACCAUUUAUAGAGCUGUGUUGGAUUUCAUUGUAUAUUGUUGGUAUAAAUAAGGCAAGAUACAUGUUUGUGAGAGCCCAAUCCUGCAGCCAUGAAGCCACGUAUGACAUGGGCUGCAUGUUUAAGCCCUGGUGACCAUAUCCUGCUUGUCUGUGCAGGCUGAUUCUACUCUAUGGAAGUCAGUGUGAGUUGAAUUCAAUGGGAGCCAUCUCAGACGUCCAUUCAAAUGGUCCCACUGAUGCCAAUGUGGCUGCUCACUUGAGUUAGGCAAGCAAGAUUUGACUCUGACAUAUGAAAAAAUGUAUUAGGCUUCUGAUUCUUUUGAUGCUGUAAAAUGUAGUCAAUCAAUAUUAUUUUGAAUUUGACUUGGAUUGUGACUGGAGCCAUGUGAAACUUAGCAGGGGAUUGUGCAAGCCUGUUCUCCUGUUUCAGUUCAUGUUUAAUUAUGAUGGUGAUUCUUGUUCAAAUAAACAGUAAAACAUAUUGAGAAACCUGAUCAAACUUACAACAAAGCCCAGGCUUUUCUUUUUAUGCAAACUCGUAUUGGCCGUAGAUUCCCUCAAAAGAUUGACAAGCCUCAGUGAACAUGUUGACCCAGAUGGAUUAACUUUCUAGGGCUCACAAGGCUUCCCCUGGAGUUAAUAUGAACAGGAAGUGGGACCUGAUCGUUGAAGGCAAUGUAAAAACUCUUAUUGGCUUCAGUGACUUUGGAUCAGGUCAUGACCCUGAUUCUUAAUGAACCCAAAACAAGUAACAAGAGUUUUGUGUGGUUUCUGUUUCACACAGCUCUAAUGGUGAAUCACUUUCAAAUAAGUAUACAAACAUAUUGGCUUUAAAGAGAUUUUAACAGAAUCUUGUGCUUAAAAAGUAAUACACAGGACCAAAUUAUGCCCUCGAGUUCAGUACAUCAUCUUAGUGUUUCCAGUGAGUGCAAUGUUUGCAUGGGUGUUUAUGAAGGCAAAAUUUGGCCCAUAAUCCCUGUGAUACAAUAGUUAUGUAAUGGGAUCUCCAUUGGGUAAUGCUAUAUUAAGCUAUUUUCAGUGUGCCAGAUUUUGAAAGUGCUUGUUCAAAUCUAGAACAUUUGAGUCAUUGCAGCUACCCCCUAAUGACAAAAACAGAAUCUGGCCCACUGAACCUAUCAAAGGUUAAGAGGGCUUUUUCUUUUCCCAUUAAGAAAAGAAAAAGCUGUGUUUUGGGGUUGGUGGCCUUGGGUUACUAAAAAGAAAGUAGUCUGGUUUUGUAACUAUUGCUUAUUGUGGGCCUGAUUCUGUGAUGCUUACUUACACUUGUAGUAGCUUAAUCCCUGAUUUUUCAAUGAGACUAUUCAGGAAGUCAAGUACUUAAUGUAGGAGUGAUAGAAUCAGGCAGGUCUAAUAUAUAAUGAUACCCAUGGGUGACUGGUGAGGGAGGACCUGGAGAGCCACCAUCCACAUGACCGGCCCCUCAGACCAUGUGACAACCUGGGACAACCUCACUUCCAUCCCAAGCCCCACCUUUCCCUGCUCCUGCUCUGCCUGCUUCUCAUACCUGCCCUGCCUCUAUGCAGCCUGAGAUACUAUGGGGGGGUCCCCCCUCACUCACUGGCAGAGGCGGGGGAAGUGGACUAAUGUGGCCCCAGCUCGUUGUGCUCCCCAGGCCGCAUCACUCCAUUUCCUGCCAGCGAGUGCAGAGACAGUCCCACCUCUCCCCCAAGAAACACAGCCAGCGGAGCAGUGAAAGCUGCGGCUGCAUUGUUCCACUUUCAUCGCCACUGCUGGUGGUGAGUGUGGGGGGGGGGGAAGACCCCUGCUACUGAUGUGAGCCUCCCCCCCCCCCUUCUCAUAUUCUUGGACACCCAGGGAAUCUGUCCCCGGUGGCUGCUUGCUGACCCCUUGCAACUCCUGCCCAUGGCUUUAGGAAUGCGCAUGCCCCUUUGUGCUCUCUGUGCAAUGCCCUGGUGAUACUUGAAUGUUUACAGCUCAUUUCUGAAUGAGCUAUUGUUUAUUCCUGCCACACAGAUGUUCAUGUCACCUACAACAUUGGUGGAUGAACUACAGAACUAAAGCAACCUUUCAGUUAUGAAUAGUUUAUCUGAGUUUUUUUUACAAUGUAAAUUCAAGUUGGUGCACAAUGUCAUUUUUUUUCUCUUCUGUAUUUAAAAAUAUGCUGCAUCCUUGUAGGGAACUUUACUGACAAUCACUUUGAAUGUAGGUUAGUGGUGUUCUGGAUUAAUGCCCAAAUCACCAACAGAUAAAAGGUGUUAAAACAAAAUCCUUGAGGUGCAGCUGUUUCUUGUUGUUUCUUUGGUCCUUUUGUUUCCUUCCAGUUUUUAAAAAAGCAAACAAAAAUUCUAGAUAAAAGGCCUGAUCUUGCAACCUUUACUCAUUUAAAAUAUUCUUUGAGAACAUCAACUUGUGUGAGCUAGAGUGACAGGACUGGGCUCAAAAUUAGGGUAGCAAUUACACUGUACCACAAGCACUCCUUCAAUCAUUACUUUUAAAGCUUCCUUUAUACUGGCUAAGUGUAAUACCAUUCGGGGGAACCACAGACAUUCUAAAGACUAGUUUCUUUCCAACAUGUAACCACUAGCAUUGAGGUCUGCUGUUCUUUGUUAAAUACUGUCCAGAAUGCUUGCAUACCAUAUACAAAGAGAGUUACAGCUUUCACCCAUGAUGCAACAUAAAUAAAGCAAUAUUGUUUAAGUAUUUC